AAAUAUGUCAUCAAAACAUCAGUUUAAUUUAACUAAACAAGCUAAUUCUUCUUUUUUUUUUACAUUGUUCAAUCAAUUUCAGUUAGACUAGAAAGUAGUGUAUGAGCUUUAACUGAGGUUAAAAUAACAGUCAAGAGUACAGUAUCUGAAAUAGUCAUUUGAAAUGACCUUAAUAGGACCUGCUGUACAUGUUUUGUUGUCUAUAUCAUAUUUCAUUUCUUCACAUGGUCCAAAGCAACAAGAAAAAUGAAAUCAGAGAUUAACUUUUUUUUUAAUCUGGUUUCCCCUAUUUAUUUACAAUGUUAUAGCAGGCAGAAUUGUAAAUCUGCAUAAAAAAAAUACAUUAGCAUUUAUAUCUAAACUGCUUUCACUUUGCCUUCUUAUCAGCUACAUAGUUCUUUCGGUACACGCUUUCCGGCCUAUAUUUGAAGGCUAACUAUUCAACUGAAAAACUCUUUUUGCAGCACAGUGAAAAAAAAAGAAACAUGAAAUUUCAAAUACAGUAUGCAUCAUCUUCAUCCAACUCACAGUAAUGGCAGCUUCACCCAGUCCUCUGACCACUCAUGUGCUGAACACGGCAACAGGAGUCCCAGGCGCAAACAUGGCCCUCAGGCUCUAUCGACAAGAACCCAACACUGACGUCUGGCAUUUGGUCACCUCUGGGCUCACUAAUGAAGAUGGGCGGUGCCCAGGACUUAUCACAAAACAAAUGUUUACAUCUGGUGUGUACAAAAUACAUUUUGAGACGGGACAGUACUGGGCGAGUAUGGGAGAAACCCCAUUUUACCCCUAUGUUGAGAUUGUCUUCGCUAUAAGUAAUCCAGAUCAAAAGUACCACAUCCCACUACUCCUGAGCCGCUUCUCCUACAGUACAUACAGAGGGAGCUAAAGACCAAGUGGGAUGACUCUCCCAAGCCUUCUUUUAUCCAAUAGCUGUUGGACACUUUCAUCUACACGUGUGGAAGCGUCCAGUGGAGGAAGAAGCACUCUGAUAUUUUUACAUUUGCAUAAGUAGCAGUAACAUGUACUAAAAGGUGGGUGGAUGGGAGAUAACUGAGUAUAAUUAUGAAAAAAUCCAUCUUAAGAGUAGACUGCUAUACUGGAUUAUUACUACUAAUGCUAUACACUAUUAAUAUUGAUUACUAACAUGCAAGCAGCUUUUGAAUACUUUAACUGACAGCUGAAUUUUAACAAUUUAAUAUACUAUUAUGAGGCCUUAUUUUCUGCAUUACAAUGAAUUGUAUUUUGUAUAAGUUACUAAAGCAUGAUAACAUUUCAAAGUUAAAAUCUACUGUAAUGUAAGUCAAAUAAAUUUGUAAAAUAAUGAGUAAACUGUUUCCUGUAUGUAGCUGGGUGAACGAAGAAAGCAUCACCUAUGAUUUUGGUCACAUUAUGUCAUGUGUUUACUCCUUAUUUAAUAUGUGCUUAAUGUCAAUUAAUUGUUAAUUAAAUAUGGUACACUGCUUUGAG